GAGUCUCACCCGCCAGACGCAGCAAUAAGAGCUCCUAUCACGGGGCUGUCCCCCUCCACCCGUCGUGAGGAUGUCAUCACUCAUUUCUGAUGCGUUCGCGAAUCCUCGUUUCCAGUUGCUCGCUACGGCGGUGCUCUCAGGCGCUACAGUCGCAUCGCUCAUACUCGGCUAUCAGGCGCUCGAGCGCGAGGAGAGGUUGACGGAGCUCAAGAAGUCGAUCCCAUCAUUGGUGGAAGAGGACCAUGAGAUCAAAAAGCUCAACAGUUUCGGAGGUUCCGUCGACAAGGAAGACGCGCGAAAUCAGGCAUUGGCGCGGCGGGCACAGGCUGGGGACUUUGAUGAAGAGCUCAUCCUGGAGCAGCUGGCAAGAAAUCGCGUUUUUCUCAAACCCGAGGGCCUGCAGAAGCUGCGAGAGUCGUUCGUAAUCGUGGUGGGAUGUGGCGGCGUGGGCUCUCACUGCGUGGCAUCCCUCGCGCGUUCAGGAGUAUCCAAGAUACGACUCAUCGACUUCGAUCAAGUCACCCUGAGCUCUCUGAACCGACAUGCUGUUGCGACGCUCGCAGACGUCGGCAUCCCCAAGGUGCACUGCCUCCAGCGGAGGCUGAUUGCCAUCGCCCCGUGGGUCAAGUUUGAUCUGCAACAGGAAAAGUUUGACGGCAACGUUGCAGCUCGGAUGCUAGGUCCCUGGGAGGGGGAUGGACGCGCCCCGGACUACAUCGUUGACGCCAUUGACAACAUUGAAACGAAGGUUGAGCUUCUCAAGUUCUGCUAUACUCACAACCUGCCCGUCAUUAGCGCAAUGGGGGCUGGGUGCAAAAGUGAUCCCACUAGGAUCAUCGUCGGCGACAUCGGAUCCAGCCGGGAUGAUGGUCUCUCGAGGGCGACGAGAAGCAGGCUCAAACUUCUGGGCAUCACGUCUGGCAUUCCAGUCGUCUACUCGACCGAGCAAGCAGGGGAGGGCAAGGCCGAGCUCCUUCCGCUGGCGGAAGAGGAGUUCGCCAAAGGCACCGUCGGCGACCUCGGAGUCAUGCCCAACUUCCGCGUCCGAAUCCUACCCGUUCUUGGCACCAUGCCUGCCAUCUUUGGCUUGACAGCCGCCAACCACGUCAUCCUGAGUAUCACUGGCUACCCGAUUGAUUACGUUCCUGCCAAGGGCCGCGCCAAGAUGUACGAGUCGAUCCUCAACUUCAUUCAGGGAUCCGAGGAGAGGCUGGCCCGGGCGCAGGAGCCUGGGAUUGUGGGCCUGAAGACGCCCUUGACUUUGGGCGACGUUGCCUUCCUGACCGAGGAGCUGUAUCAUGCGCGGAGCAUCGUGACUGGCAUCCCGACCAAGCUAGCGCUCGUCCGCUGGCGAAAGCCCGAUGGUCUUAGCUUCAACACCCUUGGGGAAGGCAAGGAUGUCCAGAAAUGGUCCACUGUUCGCCUCCGCGACCUGGUUUGCCUCACGAAAGAAGAGGCGGCCCGGCAUGAGAAGGAGAUUUUCAAGGCGGGCAAAGCGCACGGGGAAGUGUACGAUCAAGAAACGUUGGACCGUGUCGAGUCGAAGCUUGCCGAGGCAGCCAAGUAUGAGGCCUUUAGGUGAGGCCACGACGCUGUUGGACGGAGAUAUCAGUGCUGCCUGGCACUUGCGCCUCGGAAACACGCCCCGCCAUUGACGCAAUGCGCCCUUUGGCCUGCGGCUGGCUCGGAUGCAGGACCUCAUGGUGUCAUACGUGGACGACGCGGUCUUUGAUGACUACGCAAAGACAUGAAGCGAGACGCGGACGGCGCCGCGGACGGCAUGAAUACAUGCGAAAGAAGCCGCGCUUGCAUGCUUGGGCGCAGUGGUACAGUACAGUAACGCGACGCAAGGAAAGCCCCCAUCGAGGCGCAGGACGAUGUUGCGAGACUUGGUGCCCGACACAUGCUCCAGCCUUGUGCAGUAUUGCCACCUUUGCUCUUGGCAGGAGCUGACGAGGUGACAAGGCGACCGAUGCAUGUACAGUAGUUGGUCUGUUCGCUUCACAGGCGCCAGAGAUGGGACGAAACCACGAUGUUGGAGGCGUGUGGCACUGUGCCUCGUGAGACACAUCUGCCUGCACAGUUGUCGGAAUGGAAACGAAAGCGUAACGCAGGCGGGGCGCCUCAAGGCGUCAGUCAGGCAGCGUGUUGCGUGAUAAGCGUUUGCAUCUCUUGGUUGUCGUUUUGUCUUUGUUGAAGAUCCGAAGUACAUACGUAGAAUGCGAGACUCGGCCGUGG